CUCUUGUCUAAUGUUCGGAAGCGCAAUUGAUGCUAGACGUCAUAUAGCAACGUUUGUUUCCGAAGAAAACAACCCUUAAGCAUUUCUGCCUACUUCUCUGACAUUAAAGGCCGUAGUCUGGAAGCUAUGUCCAAAAGUUAUACAGGCCAUGGCCUUGCCUGGAUCACUAUCCUAUGUUGGGCCACGCAAGGACCUCUCGAAACAGUUAUGGGAACACAUAGCUCAAAGAGAUCUAGGAAAUAUGGUGCAGUGGAAAAGGAUCAGAGAAUAUGGCUAGCACCGACGAGUGUCGCGAGAACCGCAUGUAUUGACCUGUUUGACUCUGUUUCAUCCAAUAGGUGCUAGAUGAGUUUGAUGGGACACCAGACUCUACCCUGUGUCUCAAUAUUCAGUGGAAAAAG